AUGGCACAGACUGCUCAGGUGCAGGAACUCUUCCAUGAGGAAGCCCAGCAGGGGGCCCUGGCUCAACCCCAGCCCUGGUGGAAGAUCCAGCUGUUUGUGUGGGAGCCAGUGCUCUUCGGAACCUGGGAUGGUGUGUUCACAUCCUGCAUGAUCAACAUUUUCGGGGUUGUCCUUUUUUUGAGGACUGGUUGGCUGGUGGGAAACACAGGUGUGCUCAUGGGCAUGCUCCUGGUGUCCUUCGUGGUCCUUGUGGCCCUGAUCACUGUGCUGUCUGGCAUCGGGGUCGGGAAGCAUUGCAGCGUUGGCAGCGGUGGUGUCUACUCCAUGAUCUCCUCUGUCCUUGGGGGGAAGACCGGAGGCACAAUUGGACUGCUGUAUGUGUUUGGACAGUGUGUUGCAGGUGCCAUGUAUAUUACCGGCUUUGCUGAAUCCAUCUCGGAUUUGCUGGGCUUCAGGAAUAUCUGGGCUGUUCGAGGAAUUUCCAUUUCCGUGCUCCUGGCCUUGCUGGGGAUUAACCUAGCAGGUGUCAAGUGGAUAAUCCGUCUUCAGCUGUUGCUACUGUUCUUGCUGGCUGUGUCCACACUGGAUUUCGUGGUGGGCUCUUUCACACACCUGGACCCAGAACAUGGUUUUAUUGGAUAUUCACCAGAAGUGCUGCAAAACAACGCUCUACCCGAUUACAGCCCUGGGGAGUCUUUCUUCACUGUCUUUGGAGUGUUCUUCCCUGCAGCUACAGGAGUGAUGGCUGGCUUCAACAUGGGGGGUGACCUCAGGGAGCCUGCUGCCAGCAUCCCCCUGGGCUCCCUUGCAGCUAUUGGCAUCUCGUGGUUCCUGUACAUCGUCUUUGUCUUCCUGCUUGGUGCCAUCUGUACCCGAGAAGCCCUUCGCUAUGACUUCUUAAUAGCUGAAAAGGUGUCCCUAGUGGGCUUCCUGUUCCUUUUGGGCUUAUACAUCUCAUCUCUAGCUUCCUGUAUGGGAGGACUGUAUGGAGCUCCCCGGAUCCUGCAGUGCAUUGCCCAGGAGAAAGUGGUUCCUGCAUUGUCCUGGCUGGGGCAAGGGAAAGGACCAAAUAAAACACCAGUAGCUGCCAUCUGCCUUACCAGCUUGGUGACCAUGGCCUUUGUCCUUGUGGGUCAGGUGAAUGUCCUGGCCCCUAUUGUCACCAUCAACUUUAUGCUGACAUAUAUAGCAGUGGACUACUCUUACUUCUCCCUGUCCAUGAGUCUGGGCAGCCUCGCCCAGGUGCCUGAGCCAGAGCGCAGGGAAGACACGGAAGCUCUCCAGUGCUCUGAGCAUCUGCUCUCGGAGAAGACUCCGAGCUAUGGUUCUGAGGGCGCUGCCCAAAGCCUCUCUGAAGGCACUUUGCUAGAAUUCACCAAGGACAUGAAUCAGCUCCUCCUGUUAAACAGAAAGCUUGAGUGUAGACAGCCCAGAAGAGGAGAAGAUGAUGGGAUCUCAGAAGGUCAGAAGAAGAAACGCAAGAAGGCCAUCAAGCAAACCCUACAAGAUAGCUUCCUCUUGGACCUCAAGUCCCCUACUUAUUUCCCUACUGAAGGACCUGAAAGGUUGCCUACUGCCUUCUCAGAGGGGCAGGAGUCCUACUGGAACAACCAGAGUUCUGGGAGUGAAUGGAUUCAACCUAGGGAAACAUGUAGAGAACAUCUUAUCACUGAGCAGUAUAGCCAACCUAUGCCAAGUGAAGAAGAUUUCUUCCUGAUGUCUAGGAUCCACAGGAAAUCAACUUCUUUCUACACUCGCUUUUGUAAUCCCUGGGUCUCCCUGUUGGGGGUUGUAGGAUCCCUUCUCAUCAUGUUUGUGAUCCAGUGGAUCUAUACCCUGGUUAAUAUGGGCGUUGCUGCCAUUUUGUAUUUGUACAUUGGCCGGACCAGUCCAGGCCUUCACCUUGGAUCAGCCUCCAACUUCAGCUUUUUCAGAUGGAUGAAGUCUCUGCUGAUCCCCUCCUGCAGGGCCCUCCGAUCCCCCCAGGACCAGAUAGUUUUGGCACCGACCUUGGCACGGGUUGACAUGGAGAUGACCCAGCUAACUCAGGAGAAUGCAGACUUUGCCACUCGGGAUCGCUACCACCACUCUUCCUUCGUGAAUCGGGAACAGCUAAUGCCUCAGUACUAG